AUGAGGACGAAGCCGUUGAAACCAGCUGGUGUCUUUAAUUUAGAUGCGAUCACCAUGUUAUCAAACCAGUUAGAAAUAUUAGAUAGAAGAUUUCAUGAUUUAUAUCUUUUUACGCAGGUUGAACAGCUUGCUAAAUUGGUUUCAGAAAGACAAAAAGGUAUUUCACCGAGUAACACCGAACCCAACCCAAAAGAGCAUGUGAAAGCAAUUACAUUGAGGAAUGGAAAAGUGUUGGCUGAACCCGAAAAAAAGCUACAACAGAAAACUGAUAAGGCAAAUGAUGAGGGGGUAAAACCCGAAGAUAUUAAGACACCAGUGGUUAAAGAAUAUAAACCACCGAUCUCAUAUCCGGCAAAAUAUGCAAAGUUCUUAAAAGAGCUAUUAACAAACAAAAGGAAGUUUGAAGAACUAUCCAUUGUGGAACUCAAUGAGGAAUGUUCGGCUAUUUUCCAGAAUAAACUGCCAACUAAGCUGAAAGAUCCAGGAAGUUUUACUAUUCCCCAUUUUAUUGGUAGUUUAAAUAUUGAGAAAGAAUUAGCUGAUUUGGGUGCUAGUAUUAAUUUGAUUCCUUAUAAAAUGUUCAAGCAACUUGGUCUUAGGGAACCAAAACCCACUAGGAUGAGUAUUCAAUUAGCCCAUAGAUUUGUUAAAUAUCCUAGGGGUAUCAUUGAAUAUGUACUUGUGAAAGUACAUAAAUUCAUAUUCCCUGUUGAUUUUGUUGUGCUUGACAUGGAUGAGGGUAGUGAGGUGCCUUUAAUUUUAGGUCGCCCCUUUUUAGCCAGUAUUAGGGCUAUCAUUGAUGUGGGUGAUGGUAAACUUGUGCUUAGGGUAGGUGAUGAAGAGAUCACUUUUAAAACUUAUGAUGCCAAGCGAUUCUCUAAAGAACAAGAUGAUUCAUGUUAUUUUAUUGACUCUAUUGAUCAUGUUAUUAAAGAUUCAUUACAGGAAAUUGUUCAUAAGGACAUGUUAGAAUUAUGUCGUAUUCAAGGAGAGGAGGUAGAUGACGAUAAUGCUGUGAUAAUGAGACGAAAAUUGAUAUAG